AAAAAUUCAGUUCGCAUUCCUCAAACUCUUCAGUACACAACAUGUGAAUGCGAUCACGAGCAAGUCGGCGUAUUUUUUCUGUGUUUUUUUCGUAUUUCAUUUCAUUUCAAUUUGCUUUCAUUUUCAUUACUGAUUUCAAUUUCAUUCUAAAGGCAAAUUGCAAGAAAUAAAAUAUUAAGUAAGAAACAAAAAAAAACGUAACCGAAAGUUAAAAAUAAAUUUAAUGCUCACGACAUACUCACGAAGCGCGAGCAACAAAGGUGAGCUGCCUUGCUCAAGAGCGAGACACAGAGAGAGACACGAAUUUUCAAUGAGUGCAACGCGCAGGCGAGUGAAAUUUCAACCAUUUGACUCUUUCAAACGGCACUGUCUGCAGGAAGAUAGUACCUUGUAGCAAAACAGGUAGAAUGUGGCGCGAAAGGCUUAUUUGUAAGCGAAACGCGAGCGUGUGCGGUUGGCCAAUGAGUCUGGCGGCAUUCGAGUGAUUUGUGGCAAUAAUAAAAAAAUAAAUGUGUGUGUGUACAUAUGCACAUACUAACUAGAAUAUAGGUAAAAUUCUAAUCUGAAAAAAAACGUGCUAAAUAAAUUCAAACAAAGUGAACAGGAAAUAAUUUCAAAAAUUUACAAAAAACCAUAACGCCCAUAAAGCAUGUCCAGAAAAGCCUCACCUUUGAGUGUUGGUACAAAAAUAAAAGCAAAAACCGCUAUUGUAGAAACAGAAAAUCACACGAGAACAACAACAACAACAGGCACUGUCGAAGUGUCACCGAGUACUAGUUUGAACACAGUAUCCGGUGAUACGACAGCCAUGCAGGCAGUCAAAAUCAAGAAGGAAUUGCCCAGUGAUGAGAUAAAGGAAUUCGCCGAGAACACAAUGAACGAACUGCUCGGCUGGUAUGGGUUCGAUGGCGUGGAUCGACUGGACUUGUCGACGAAAACUAGCCGCCUGCUGCAAUCCGCGGCGGUGGCACAAGCCAACAAUGCCGCACUGACUGCUGCCAAUAGCAACAACUGUGGCAACAACAACUCCAGCGCCAUGAGCCAACAACAACAGCGACAUUGCAUGGAGAAGCGACGUAGUCGCAGUCGCGCUGCCACAUUGCUGCAAUUGCAACAGCAACAGAAUGAACAUAUGCGCAACAUGAAUAACAACAACAGCAGCAGCAAUAACAAUGCGAACAACAAAAGCGGCGGCAGCAGCAGCAGAAAAAUGACGCUCAAUUGUGGCGGCGGCGGAAAUUAUCGCACCGGCAACAGAGGUAACGCCAGCGUUUUAUGCGGUGUCAGUGGCGGCGGCGGAGGUGGUUGUGGUGGUGUUGGUGGUGGUGGCGGCGGUGAAAGCACAACAUCCGACCAUGAUACGCGCAGUUCGCGCGAAGAGGAUUCAAAGAGUCCGAUUUCAGCGGGCAAAAAUACAACUUUGGAGGAGAAAAUCGAUCUGCUGAACUGCUGUUGGUGCCGUCGUCCGGUGCCCGAAAACGCACCCGAGUUUCUCACCACCACCGAUGGGCCGCGUUAUUGCUCCGAAUCCUGCUUCACACAAUCGCGACGCGCCUCUUUUAAGAAGGCCAAAACCUGUGACUGGUGCAAGCACGUGCGACAUGCCAUCAGCUAUGUGGACUUCCAGGAUGGCGCAUCGCAGUUGCAGUUUUGCUCCGACAAAUGUCUGAAUCAGUAUAAAAUGCAGAUUUUCUGCAAAGAGACGCAAGCGCAUCUGGACAUGAAUCCACAUCUGCGGGAGCAAGGACUGGAAGCGGUGGCGUCGGGUAAUGGUGCCGGUCUGAUUACGCCCGACUUGUGGCUGCGUAAUUGUCGCAGUCGUUCGGCAUCGCCAGCUUCGACCAUAUCUGUGUCGCCAGGCCCACAAGGUGCCGCCGUGGUUACAGCGCAAAAUGUUGGCAUCGCCACUGGCUCUUCAUCUUCACCAGCGUCUUCGGCUGCCUCAAAUGUCGGACACUCUGCGGUGCCUCCGCACAAGCCAAUGAUCUCUGUGGCGCCUGUCUCGAAACUCAUGUCGAAAAGUGUCGGCAUGUUGAGUUCGACGUCGGUGCCAACAUCGAAUCGUGUCUCACCGAAGCACAAUCGUAAAAAGCGUCCAUUGCGCUCCAGUUUGGGUAGUAGUGCUAACACACAUGUCGAUUUAUCUAACGCCUGCAUGAAGGGAAAUCAUGUGGCACGUGAGGGCAGCGGUCUGACUGGUACAGCCGCAACUAAUACAUCCAAUCUGUUGGGUAAAGGAAAAUCGAUGCUGGGCGCCACCGCCAACAACAGCUUGCGUACAAGUCCCGGCGUUCAUUUGCCGGUGGCUGGCGCAGGGGGAAGUUGUGGCAAAUCGGUGGGAUCUGCAUUAAAUCAAUUUGCCGGUUCCAGCGUACAGGAUCUGCAUAUGAGUGUGCCACCACUGUCACCGAUGAUGGAGCAACAAACUCCACCGCAUGUGCUGCCAACACAUCCGUUGAGUGCGAACGCGCGCUGUGGCACAAGUAUACCACCAGCAUUCUUCGCCACGACUACAGGCGGACAUCCGCCCAAUAGCGCCGGUCCACAUCAACAAAUACCGCACGGUGCAUUUCCGUCACAUCCGCCACCGUUUCUACCAAAUGCUGGUGCGCCCGCAGCACCCGGUUUGCUGCCGCGUUUCUUCGGUGCUGGCUGUUUUCCCACAUUUCCGCUACCGCCACAUGUGGUCCAAACGCCGCCUGAUGUGAUGGGCGGUUUGGGGCUUGGUGCCUUGUUAGGCGCUCCUCCACCAGUUACAGUUAUGGUGCCAUAUCCCAUAAUUAUACCGCUGCCCAUACCCAUACCGGUGCCACUGCCAGUGAUGGACUUCUGCAAAGCUUAUAUGACACCCGAAGAGCGCAGCAAACUGAAGGACAAAGAAGCAAGUGAAGCCAAGAAAGAUUCCUUGAGAUCAAGUGCCACGGAUGAGGAGGCAGACGCUGAGGCUGCAUUUGAAAACAGUGAUUGCGAACAAAAAAUAGAAAUAAGCGAAGAAACUAUCAACGAUGAGCCUUUAGAUUUCACCAAAACGAAGGACUGUACAAAUGCGAAAGAUAUUGAGGACCAAAAUGAAGAAAUCUCUCCGGUUUCCGCGCAAGCAGUGGACGAAGCUGCAUCCAGUCUUAAACGCGCCUUGUCUGAUGAGCACUUGGCAACGACAACGACGUUGUCACCAGUUACCCCAGUCACCCCAACAACCAACACUACCGUCGUCACACCUUCGCCGGACCGAUCUCCGUGUUCGCCAGCCACGUCGUGCAAGGCAACCCACUGCAUUGUGCGCUCAGAAGAAUUGGGAACAGUCGGACACGAACUAAGUGCAGAUGUGGGCGAAGCUAGCGGUGCUGGCGGCGAAUGUGACGAUGCUAAACAAAAAUUGCCGAAGUUCAAAAUUACGCGACUCCAGACGAAGCGCACGCUCAUACAAACCAAAGAAUCACCAAGUACGCCCACCACAGCGGCGGCGGAGUGCAGUCGACCAUUACGAAAGCGGAAACGCAUAAUCGAUUGCGAUUUUCAAAAGUUAGCUCUAAAGGAGCUGGCGUCAGCAGACGGCGAUGGAGAAGAAAACGCCGAUAUGCAUAAUGACGAAGCUGAUGCGACCAGUGUAACAACAAUAGCGUGCAAUAAUAAUACUAAAGCGCAAAGCAAAAAGUAGGGUUAUGUUAUAAACACCGAAAUAGUUUUAGAACUCAAUAAGUUUAUCUUAGAUUUAAUUUAAAAAAUAGCUUAAGUAAAUAUUGUUAGUUUUAAGUGUAUAAAAUAAGUACUUAAAUAUAUGUAUACUCUAAUAAAAAAUCUCACAUUUCUU